AGAGAGAGAGAGAGAGUUCUUAAUAUGUGCCAAGCACAAUACUAGCAAUACUGGGGAUAAAAAGAUGACCGUGGUGUCUGCCUAUAUUUGCAGGGUUCAAUUGCAGAUAAUAGACAAGCAAUUUGACUUUUUAAAGAAACAGGAAAAUGGCCUUGCAGCUGAGGAUUGGUGUGAAGGUGCGGAUGACUGGGGAGGUGACAAUGAGGAGGCGCCUUCACCACAGCUUACCUUGGGUUUUGGAAAUGAUUCGAACAGUGCCAAGGACAUAGACUGGACUGCCCAGCUCCAAGACCUCCACCUUCAGGAAACUCACACGAAUGCUGCUCUUCCUGUGCCUCCUGGGGAAGGGAUGGCCUUGUCUUCUGUGGUGCCACAGUUCCUGCCCCACUACAUCUCUGUGGUAGAUGAGGAUGAUUACAGAGACGUUGUCAGUCUAGAUCAUGCGCAUAGUCUUCUCAGGGAAUAUCAACAACGAGAAGGAAUUGAUAUGGAACAGUUGCUUUCCCAAAGUCUUCCUAGUGAUGAUAAUGAAAAAUAUGAGAAGACCAUAAUUAAAAGUGGAGAUAAGAUAUUUUACAAAUUCAUGAAGAGAAUUUCUGCUUGUCAGGAGCAAAUUUUGAGGUAUUCCUGGAGUGGACAACCACUGUUUUUGACCUGCCCUACAUCAGAAGUCACUGAGCUCCCAGCCUGCAGCCACUGUGGAGCCCAAAGGACAUUUGAGUUUCAGCUUAUGCCAGCACUGGUCAGCAUACUAAGAAGUGCUAAUUUAGGUCUUUCUGUGGAAUUUGGAACAGUUCUAAUUUACACAUGUGAGAAGAGUUGCUGGCCUCAAAAUCAGCAGACUCCCAUGGAAGAAGUUUGUAUUGUACAAGAAGACCCAGAUGAAUUAUUAUUUAAGUAGAAUAUUUCCAUUUUUAAUAUAAAUUCAAAUAAAUUUUAAUGUCCAAA